AUGGUGCUGCAUCAGCUCUCUGUGUGUAUCUCAAAUGCACCAAAAGUCGCUCCAAACAGCAAAGCAUGCGUGCAGCAGGUGGCGCGCGGUUGUGGUCUUUUGGCAGCUUUUCACGAUGACGAGUCCAAGUUUUGCACAGUCUCAGGCUUUGCAGACAGUAAACAGCAGCUGGCGGUGGCAUGUAUGCUGUACUGGCAGCUACAACAAGCUAAUGAGGAUGAUGUCAAGGUUUUUGUGAGUGAUUCGACCAUGGGCACGUGCAUCUCGCUCGCGCAGCUGCUGAAUUACGACAAGAUGGCAAUGGAAACACGUGAAGGUGGCAUUGUGAGAGUGCUGGACUCUGCUGCGUUUUGUAAUGAGGUGCUACAUCUGGAGGAUGAUAAAAAGAUGCAGAUGGUGGACUGCAGAGAGCAGAAGGAGUUCCUAGGUCUUGCAAGUGGCAAGGAAGUGUCGGGACACCUUGACGGUGCCAAAAAUAUACCGUUUGCAUCCAUUUUCACAGCCGAUAGCGAUGAUGCUGACGAUAAGAGAGAAGACAAAGUGUCGAAGGUCGAGGAAAUGGGCAAAGAUGCGUCAUUGCUGCCUGCACAAGAAUUGCGAGAGUUGUUUGAAUCGAAUGGCAUUGACAUGGAAAAACCUGUUGCUGUUGUAGCAAGUUUACCGGCUGAAGCAGCUGCAGUUGCCACUGUGUUGUUGCUUGCUGGUCAAUGCGCUGGAGUUUUGUUUUGUGCGGAUGCACUUAGUGACGAGCUGGUGGCAUCUUUUCCCUCUUCUUACACUGCUGAUAUCUUCGACAAAGGUCGAUUGCUAUACAAAGACGAUAAGAACGGGUUUGACCUCUCGCCGCAAACAGAUAACGUUGACAUAGCUGAGGACGCAGUUAAAGCAAAGGUGGCAGAACUUGAUAAGGCCUACAAAGAAGAGCUUAGCGGGAAGGCGAAAAAGGAACGAGGAAAUGCCGUAGAGGAAGAUAAGGGAGAGAAAGUGGAAGAGAUCGUGUGGAUUAAGGAUGGCCAGCGUUUCUUUGAUAUGCCAUCUCCUAUCAGCAAAUCUGAAUUCUUGGAUGCAUCAAGAACAAUCUUCCGUGUGGUAUCCUUUGUGCUGGCGCCUUUUGGAUUUCCUGCAUCGUUGCGCAAAAAGCGCUCUUUGCAGGAGGUGAAAACAAAAUGUGGAUCACUCUUUCAGGAUGUGAUUGAGGUAUGCUCAGAUCUUAUUUAUCAGCAAAAAGAGCUUAACGAAGGCGCGAUGGCUAUGAGCGUGCACAAGUGGGUGGAAGAAAGUCAUGACCUUGAAUGCACUGAACAGGUAAAGGCAAUCAACGAAAUCUGGGAAGUCUUGUACACACCUCCUGCCGUGGUAGAAGUGCCAGACCUUACCGGGGAUCAUGUGCUUGAACUCGCAAUAAAAUUGGAGCAAAAAAUACGCGACCUGGUUGGCCAGCGUACACCUUGGGCUUUUAUGAGCGCGGACGAGGAAGAGGUGGAAGAGUCUAGUGACGAAGAGGAUUAUGACCCUCAAGAGAAAGUAGUUGACGUGGAGGAGGAAGAGUGCAGCGAUGAAGAGACCAGCGAGAUGGACAAGGAAGACGAUGUAGCUACAGAUGAAGACACGAUCAGCGAAGAUACGAAUGAGCAAGAAACCAGAAACAAAGAAGGCGGAGUCAAUGAGACUGAUAUUUCUGGCAAAGAAGACAUUGUGUUUGAAAAUGAAGUUCGUAGCAAAGUAGGCGACGAUAAGGUGGAGGACGAAGUCUCUGACGAGGCGAUUGGCAAUGACAACAAAGCGAUGGACAAGGAGCAGGGUUCUAAGGAAGUGCAGCUGGCUAACGAGAAGAUCGAUGUCAAUGGCAACGAUGUGGAAGCCACAAACGCAGGAACAGAGGCGAACGUCAAGAUCGAUAGCUCUCCUGAACGGAAUCGAUCAGAGUCUGUGGAUAAACGUACAGAAAGCUGGAAAUACAUUUACCCGAGUGUUGUUUACUCGCUGGGUUUCAUCCCACAAGAUUUGGACACAAAGCAUAAGAAGCUGAGUACGUUGCAGAUCAAGUCACUCAUCCAGGCCGUAGCAGAAGCUUCAUGGGAUGUUAUCAAGGAUGAAACCGAGGAGCUUAGUCAGGUUGAAUUUCAGGCUCUGUGCGAGACGCUUGACGGUGAAAAUCGGGACCAACUGACCGACCGUGUUGCUGAGGCAGAGAAAUCGCUAUAUGUUCUCAAGCACUUUCUCACUCGCUCACUGAAGGCAGAUGACUCUCUAGCUGACAAGUUAGCAGGUGUGCGUGAAGCUGUGUUGGAUGGUGAGACUCGCCGGCGGUCAGGACGCAACCAAGUCGCCCUUGCAGCAUAUUCCAAAGCUUUUGAUUACCUUCCACUUUACCACAAGGACCUUGAGAAUGCGGUGGUCGGUCGUGCCAGGUGUUUCCUCGACAUGAAAGAAUUGGGUCGUGCAAAGACUGAGGCUCUUAUUGCACUAAAACUAAAUCCAUAUAGUGUCGGGGCUUACGAAUGUCUUGGAAGCGUUGAGGAGAAGAUCGAUCACCCAGAAGCAGCAAUGCAGCACUACGUGACGUCUUUCAUUCUUGAUGGCUCGCGCUCGCCGGAGCAGGCUGAGUCCAUUGACCGCGUGUCGCGUCUGGUAGGUCGACGUGUGGCAAAGGCUCUGUUCGCCGAGAUGGAAAAGGUGCAUGAACUUCCGUCUUCGUGGCUGAUGAAUAGCUACUUUGAGGCUUUCGAACAUGACUUUGAUCACGCUGCCCGAGUCCCGUUCGAUAUUGCGAAGACGGAAGACGCGGACCAGUCAGAUCUGGAUGCGCUCACGCUGCUUCACCGGGCGAUUCACUACAAGCGGAGCAAGAAGUAUACUGAAGCACAACGUGACAUCAGGACUUUGGUUUCCACGGACAGGAAGGCCGAGGAACUUUCAGUAGAGAAUCGCGCUUUGGCACUUAACCUACAUGCAUCACUGCUGUAUGUUGCGGGCGAUGUGCACACCGCGCUGGAGGUGAUCGACAAAAGCCUGGAGCUUCAACCGACCCUGGUGAAUUCCCUAGUGAAAAGGGGCGGGUUCCUGGCAGAACUCGGUCAGACAGACGAGGCGACAUCGUGCUUUGCUGAAGCCAUGGAGCUAGACACGAAUGAGGCAGACGUGCACCUGCAUUUCGGGCAGAUGAAGCUACUUGACGGCAAGUAUUACGAGGCUGUGCAGUCUCUUCGUCGCUCCAUUUCGCGGUCUGACGCCCUACCGGUUACGCACGUAUCAUAUGGCAUGGCUCUCUACAAGAGCGGAUCGACGUACCAAGCUAAGGACGUGUUCAAAGAAGCCUCAACGAAGUUUCCAGAGUCUGCCGAGGUGCAUUUAUUCCAUGGUGAAGUGCUAGCUGAUCUCGGGAAUUAUGCUGACGCCAUGCGUCACUUUAUGACAGCGUGGGAGCUGUCACCACAAUGCCCACUGCCAUUCCUGAACGCUGGUCGCGUCUAUGUCGGCACAAAUGACCCCAUGCGAGCCAUUGCACACUUUAAUCAGGCGCUUGAAGUGGAUCCUCGCUGCAGUUCGGCACAUUUGGAUAUUGCUCAAGUGCUUUUUGCUCAGGGUCGCACUCGCGAAGCAUUUGAGCACUUUGAAGUGGCUGCGUCGUGCUGUCGUUUUCUUCCUGAAGUGGAAGAAGUCUGUGCUUGUCAGGAGAUGGCCAAGAUGCAGCUUAAGGUCACGGAAAUCCUUGGUGUUGAAUUACGCCAUAUCAUGCGCUCCAAGUAG